UGUUUGCAAACACAAAGGCACAUGAACUACAUCGAUUUAAUGAAUUCGAUUUGUAUCGGUGUUCGUUGAGUAUAUCGUUUGACAAAAUCUGAAUAAAGUAAUUUCACCAUCGAAAAUAAAUACGAACAAAAUAUUUCGUAUUGAAUCGAUGAAAAAUUCUGAUUUUUUUCGGAAUGCUUCAAUAACAAUCUGAAAUAGAAAAGAAAAAUUCAAGUUAAACUCCUUUCGAAAUUGUUAAACCAGUGCCUUACCCUUUUGGUGUUUGUCAAAGAACAUAGCGUUUUUCAAAAGUGAUUUUUUUUUAUAAGAAAGCUAAUAUCAGAAAUCGAAGCAGAAAAACCAAUCCCAAACAGAAAAUCCUAAACACAAAAAUGUCUGCCACUUGUGAAAUCGAUUUUGAAAACAAUCCAAGAAAAAUCGUUUAUGCUGGUAAGUUGUUGCGGGGCACGGUACGACUGAAUUUGACGAAGAACACCAUUGUUCGUAGUGUGUACAUUCGCAUAAAAGGGAAAGCAUUCGCAGCUUGGGAUAGUGAUGAUGUAGAGGUCAAAGAAGAAUAUUUCAAUGAAAAAAUGUAUUUUAUUGGUUCUCGUGGAUCAGCUGGUAAAAUCCGCCUCAAGGCAGGAAAAUACAAAUUUACAUUUGAAUUCAUUUUGCCGUCUAACGUGCCAUCGUCGAUCGAAGGAAAAAUUGGACAAAUCAAAUACACUGUUCGAGUUGUUCUCGAUAUGCCACUAUGGAUGAAUAAGGUGUUUAAGGAGCCAUUCAUUCUUAUGAAGGCACUCAAUUUGAAUGACCUACCAUCGUUACGACAACCACUCAUUGGUGAGAAGACAAAGGAUGUGGAUUGUUUCGGAUUGUUCAGUCCAAAGACUAUCACAAUUACCGCCCGAGCACCGGUAGGCGGAUUUCUGCCACGUCAAACGGUCAAUUUGGAAAUCCAUGUACACAGUCAAAGCAGUGUGGCAGUUUCUAAAUUCAGUGCUGAAUUGAUUCAAUUGAUCUCCUACUCAGUGGAAUACAAAUCCUGCGGAUUCAAAACCAAAUACAACGAAGAAGAAGAAAAAACUCUGUUUUUAAUGACAAUCGAUGGUUGCAGCGGAAAUGAAGAAAAGAUUGUUCAUUUAGAUGUCGCUAUACCACCAACUCCACCCACCGAAAUUUUGAUGAGCAAGGCCAUUAAAGUCACAUAUUUGAUUCGCAUAACAGCAUUGACGCUUGGGUUGUACAAAAAUCUCACUCUCGAUCUCCCCAUCACAAUUGGCUCUUAUCCAUUCCAAUAUUAAACACUGCCACAAUGAAAUAUGGUUUCAAAUACGUCUUUCAAUCAUGUCGAUCGAGUAUAAGCCAAUAGUUUCUUAGCUUCUGCAUCAAAAUGAUGACCAUGACCAUCAAUCGUGACAUUUGUACAGGAGCAUUACAAAAGCAAACAGUUCAUACUACUUAUACCUCUAAGUAUUUAAUAACAUUAAUAUUACACCCAUAAAUUAUGAUAUGUGUUCAUGUACCUUACGGUUUAUAUGGUGUAAAUUUGAAAAGACUUCAUUCUUUAAAAUAAAAGUCUUUAUUCUAAGGCAACAGUAAAAA